AACACACAAUUACUAUUAUAUAGUAUUAUUAUGUCAUGUCAGCUUUAAUAGAGUGAUAUAAGGAAAAAAAAAACAUAUUAAAUAUUUUACGACAUAACACUUAAAAUAAUACAAAAAAAAAAAGAAUAGGACAAGAGCAAAUGAACUAAAAAUAAUAAAAGAAAAAAGAACAUAACAAAAAAAAAAUUAAAAUUUAAUUUUAUUUUGGAUUCCGUUAUAUUAUUAUUAGUGCUGUUAUAAUAGAAAAAAACCUACUAAAUUUCACCUAUUACCACCUACGAAUUCCAAAAUAACAAAAACAAAAAAAAAUAUCAAUAUUGUUACCGCUGUUUUUAUCCGCAAAUCCGCAAAAAUCAUAUUUAUUUAUUUUUUUUUUUCCUGAUUUUUUCUCAUUAUUAUUAUUAUUCAAAAUAAAUCAUUAGAAACCGAAGAACAAGAUGAACAAGAAAGAGGAGAAGAAAAUGAAAUAAAAAAUCAUAUAUAAAAAUAAAAAUAAAACAAAAAACAUACAUAAAUAAUAAUUUUAUUGUUAUAAUCAUUUAAAAAAAAAUCAACAAAUAAUAAAAAAAAAAAAAAAAUAAUAACAAAAAACAACAACAAAAAAUUCAUCAACAACGUUAUUAUUAUUAUUAUGUUAUAAUCCUUGUAAAUAUUAUUAUAUACACCAAUUUUUAUCGUAAUUACAUAUUAUUAUAUCGUAUAUAGUUAAUAUUAUUGCCGCUGUUAUUGUCAUUGUCGUUGUUGUCGUUGUCGUUGUUACCGUCUCCGCAUUCAUUAUUGUAUUUAAUCACAUACCAUAUUUACAAAAAAAAAAAAGUAAAAUAGAAAAAAGAAAAACACCACCAAUAUAACAAAAAAAAAAAAAAAAGGAACCAAAAAAAAAAAAACUCACCACCAUAUUAUUAUUAAUAUAAUUGUAAAGCCGUCAUUGCCGUUUGUCAUCGUCGCCGUUGUCGUUGCAAUCGUUUGCCGUAAUUCCGUAAUUGUCGUUCUCGUUGAUCAUUCGCGUCGUUUUCGUUUCGUUUAUAUUGUUAUUUUUAUCGUCGUAAAUGUCGUAAUUUUUUUUUUCCUUCUUCUUCUUUGACGUCGUCGUUGUUUUCGUUCAACAUUAAUUUUUUUUUUCUUCUUUUCUUUUGUUUUAUCUUUUAAUUUAUACCGUUUUUAUAACAUUUAUCUCGUUUUUGUUUUCUGUUUUGUUUUUUGUUUUUUUUUUGGUUUUGGGACAUAAAAAACAUUUUCAUAUAUUUAUACAUAUUUAUAUAUGUAUAUAUAUAAAAAUUUAUAUAUAUAUAUAUGUGUAUAUAUCAUAAAAUACAUGUGAUUUAGAGCGCUUGUCCAGUAAUUUCUCAGUGGGUAUAUACAAAAAAAAGAAAUAUAUAAGAAAAAAUCAUAAAAAAUAACAAGAUAAAAAUGCAAAAAAAAAUGUACUUUUUUUUUUGAAUAAAAGUGUAAUAUAAUAAAGCAAAAUAAAAAAAAAUCAGAGAAAAAACUCAUAAAAUUGUAUGAAAACAGUGUGCAAAAAAAAAAAUAGUGUAAGCAUAUAUACAAAUUUGCACAUAUAUAUAUAUAUAUAUAUAUAUAUACCUACCUAUUGCAUAUUCCAACAUUUAAAAUACCAAAAAGCACUAAAAUAAUAUUAAAAAAGGACAAGAAGCACGAAAAAUAAGUAUAAUAAACGAAACAAGAAAAUAACGAAAAGAAAAUACAACAACAACAGCAACAACAAAUAUAAAAAAAGAAAAGGAUAAUAUAAGAAGAAAAAAGCAAACAAAAAAAAAAUCAUUCAUCCACUCUGUUUUCUAUAUAACAAGUAGAGAAUAACAAAAAAAAAAAAAAUAUCAAAAAAAAAAUUUUUCAGAACAUAAUUUUUUUUUUUUUUUUUGCCAUCGAACACAACAACCAGCCAGCCAGUAUCAUAGCAGCUAUCUAUAUAGCAGGUUUACACAGUACAAGUGUAAAAACGAAAAAAAAAAAAAAAUAAAAGAAAAAAAAAUUAUUAAAAAACCAGCAGCACAGCAGCAUCAGCAGCAGCAGAGACAUCAGAGCAGCUGAUGUUUGUGUUGUAUUGUUGUUGUUGUUGGUGUUUUUGUUUUUUAUGUAUAUUUAUAUAUAUAUGUAUUUGCUGGUAUCAAAGUACUAUAAUUUCUCAAUCGCCGUCAUAAUCAAAUAAAAUCCAAAACGAAAAAAAAAAAGAAAUAAUAUAUUAAAAAAAAAAAGUAGAAAAGAAAAGAAAAAAUUUAUUACAACAAAAAAAAAGUAAAAAAAGUAAAUAAAAUUAAAUGAAAUAUUUAUUUAAUAAAAAUAUAAGUAUAAAAAAAUAUAUAGAAAAUAUCAAAGUAAAAAUUUAUUUAAAUUAAAAUAUAAUUAUAAUAAUUAUAAAUAUUAUAAUAAUAAUAAUAUUAAUUCAUUAUCUAUGAUGAUAACAUUUAUUUGGAUAUGUUUUGCUAUUUUGGAUAUUGCCAUUUCAUCUGAUAUAUCUUCAAUAAAUUCACAACAAAAACGAGAUUCAUCACGUGAUUAUUGUAAUAAAACAGUUGAUGUAUUCGAAGAUAUUUCCUCACCGGAAUUAACAUCACAAAAUUAUGGAAGAGCACUUACUUGCACAUAUCGCUUUCGCACAUUACGAAGUUCACCUAGAGAUUUAGUAUUGAGACUUCGUUUUAAAAAAUUUAAAAUAGGCACAUUAGUUAAUGCAACGCACUGCCAAGGUGGUUAUUUACAGAUUACCGAUGGAAAUUCAAAAACAGAUGUUUCAAAUCGUCGUGAGCCCGGUGUUUUUUGUGGUGAAAUUGAACAACCACAAACGUUUAUUAGUGAAACAAGUUAUGUUAAAGUUUUAUUUCAUACAGAUAAUUUUACAGAUCAAACAUAUUUUCAAUUCGAUUCAAGAGCUGAACAGCAAUUAGAAGUUUUUUUAAGAUAUGGACAACAUCCAGAACUUUAUCCAAAUAGAAGAGGAGAAGUUGUACAAGGAUCAUAUUGUGAAAGAGAGUAUAGAGAUUGUCGUUUACAAGCUUGUUAUGUACAAUCACCAGCUUAUCCAGGCGUUUAUCCACGUGCAUUAAAAUGUCGUUAUAAAUUACAAACUAGGCAACCAUUUAUUAAACUUUAUUUACAAAAUGAACAAUUUAAUGUUGAUGGACAACGUUGUGAAAAUAUUAUGACAUGUCCUAUGAGAUCAAUUGGUUCUGGUAAUGAAUAUUGUCCAUAUGAUUGGCUUGCUAUUUAUGAUGGUGUUGAUGAAUAUGCACCAUUAAUUGGAAAAUUUUGUGGAAUUGGAAAAUUUCCAUUUAGUAUAAUUGGAACAACACAAAAUAUGUUUGUUGAAUUUGUUUCAUCACCAGCUGGACCAUUAUUAAAUAAUGGAUUUCAUUUUAAUGUUGGUAAUUGGCCGGGACAAGUUGAAACAGCUGGUAUAAAACGUGAUAUAUGUGAUUGGUCAUUAACAUCAGAUGCUUUAAGGCAGACAAGCCAAACUGAAGGAAUAUUUUUAAGUAUAGCACAUUGGUAUCCACCAAAUACGAUUUGCAAUUAUCAUAUCGAAGGACGAAAAGAUGAAAUAAUUCGUUUAUAUUUUCCAAGUUUUCGAAUAAAUCGAAUAGAAGCACCAAUUUUACCACACGAAGGAGAUUGCGCUGAAUCUCUUACAAUAUACGAUUCAUCUGGACCAGAUCCAGCUAGGAUAAUAAAAACAUUUUGUGACACAUUUUCACGGCCUAUGGAAAAAAUUGAUUUUGUAAGUACAUCGUCAUCAUUAUUUGUACGUUUUAAAAGUAAAACAGGAUCAUAUAGUGGUAGCUCAUUAUAUUACUGGGCUCAUUAUGAUUUCUUUAAUAAUACACGUUAUGGUGAUCCAGUAUUUAAUACAUUAUGCGAUGAAAAUAUAUAUGCAUGGAAAAGAUCAGAAGGUAGAAUACGUUCACCAUUAAAUACAUUAAUAUUUAAAAGAACAGCUGGUUCUGAUGUUAGAUGUCAAUAUAAAUUUUUAACUGAUAAACGUUUAUAUGCUCGUGUCUUAAUUGAAGUAUUAUCAGUAUCAUUUAAAGAAUUAGCAUUUAAUAUGAAUGCAUGUACAAGAUGUCAUGAAGAACGUGUCGAUAAAUUAAUAAUAUGGGAAGAAAAAGAGGAAUCUAAAACACAAGAUAAUUUAGCAUGCUUUUGUGAUAAUAUACCUAGAGCUGUACGAGUUAUAUCGUCUAGCAGUGAAGUUAAUUUAGAAAUGAUUGUACAAGGACAACAUGCCAUUACAAGUUAUUUUAAAAAUCCAAAUCCAUUAUUUGAAGCAAAUUAUGAAUUUGUACAUGGUCCAUUAUGUGGUCCAAUAACAUUUGGUCCAUCACCAGAAGGUGAAUUAGUAUUUCCAUAUAGGAAAGCCUUAGUAAUGAUGAGCCAACAAAUGCCAAUUGCUGUACCAGCAAGUGGUAAUCCAACAAUUGAUUAUUCAUCAUCAUCAUCAUCAUCAUAUUCAUCAUCAUAUUCAUCAUCUGUAUCAUCAUCUUCAUCAUCAUCAUCAUCGCUUUUAAUGACGAAUCAAUCAAUAUCAGAUAAAACAUCUGAAAAUCAACAAAAUAUGUACCUUAAUAAAAAAGAAAAAUGUAUAUGGGAAUUAAAAGUUGCUGCACAACGUGAUCUAUGGUUACAUUUAGAAAAAUCACAUUUUAAAGGACGUACAUGUGAAAAUGCUAAAAUUGAAGUAUAUUUAUCUGGUCGUUUAGAACCACGUUUUAUUGUAUGCCCAGAAAAUAUAUCAUCAGCAAGAGAUUUGCCAAUAUUAUCUGCUGCCGAAUUAGGGGCCUUAGGUAAUGAACAAGAAGCAUUACCAGUAUUAAUACAAUAUACUGGUGAUGGACAACCAGGUAGAAAUGCUUUUCGUAUUGUUUGGACAGAACUUUUUCAUUUACCAAGAAAUUCAGAUGGUUCAUUAGCUUUAUCUUUAUUACAAGAUAAUAAUAAUAAUAAUAAUUAUAAAAAAAAUAAUGAUUAUAAUAAUAAUAAUAAUAAUAAUUACUAUAAUAACAAAUAUAACAAUGAUUUUAAUUGUGAUUUUAAAUGUCCAGAUGAUUUCAAUACAUGUCUAACAAAAUUAUCAUUAUGUAAUGGUAUUAUGGAUUGUCCAAAUGCAACAAAUAAUAUGAUAAUAUCGGAAGAUUAUAUUAUAAAACAUAAUAUUGAGAAUUUAAAUAAUCUUGGUAUUAAAUUAUAUGAUGAAAAUUUAUUAGGUAAUUCAUUAUUACAUGAUGAAUCACCAGAAAUUUGUUCAAUUUAUAAUCGUUUUUCAAUAUUAUCGUUAAGUAAUUUUAAAAUUACAGCUGGUAUAAUUUGUUUAAUUUUUGCUAUUGUUAUAACAGCAAUAUUUCGUUUUUCAUAAAAUGAAAAUUUGAAA